GUAUUUGCGGGGAGAACAAGUUUGCCAAUCUGUUGGUCUUGAACCUGUUGGUCUUGAAUCUGUUGGUCUUGAAUCUGGUGGUCUUGAUUUCCCAAACGUGUGUGUGACCUUUUUUGGAUCUCUUUGCUGACUUUGGUCAACUUAGCCUCCGUCUUCCUCCCGUGCCACAAGGUUUCUUCACCACUGUUGUGGUUUGGCUGUAUUCAAGGACUCAAAGAUGGCGACAAUGAACAAUCGUUCGGGAUAUUUGAUUCUUGUUGCCGCCCUUAUCGCCUGUGUUCCAUAUUGCAAUGGUCAGGUUGGUGUGGAAUUGAGUGCUCCGUCACUUGGUGGUGGAUUAACAUCACACAUAGUCUACUACCUGAAUGGAUCAAGUACAGCACAGGUUGGGCCGCACUAUUUACCAUCAUGUCUGGCUGUAGGACAGGGUCAUGGUGGUAGUGGUCAGUAUUUCCGACUGACCAAUACUAAUACCAGUACAAUUGUAGCUGAACAGGGAGCAUUUACACUCGAGCAGGAUGUUUUCACAUCUAGACUACUCUGGAACACAUCAUCACAUGCAACUCUGGACCCAACCUACACUGGACUGUACAGGUGUAUUACAGAUGUAGGAAUGUCACCAGAGACAUAUCAACUCAAUGUUGUAGUUCCACCUACCAUACUGUCAUUCAACACAUCGGAUUAUGUGGACAACAGCAACACUGCGCACCCGAUCAGUUGUAAAGGUCAGGGAUACCCAGCACCUACAGUGACACUAAUGGUCAACAGUGUCGUAUUGACAGGCAGUGAUACAACCAAUUGUACUGGUGGUGUGUGUACAAAGACACGAACAGCAUCACUAGAUGGGAGUACCUACACACUUGGCCAGUCCAUCAACAUUGCCUGUACUGUGGAUUUCAACCAACCACCAUUCACCUGUACUGUUGCUCUUACUUCAGAAGUACAAGCACAGUGUAAUGAUGCUGCCAGCAAGACUACGUCACAAACAAGAACUGUCCCUGUAGUCGCAUCCUGUCCCCUGUUAGAUUCCUCUCUUGGUCAUGAUUUCAAUGCUACAUUCUCCAAUGCCUCUGGAACUGUUCUGGGUAUUUCAUGUCGUGCCGGCUUUACUGUGGAUGCUAGUACGAGUUCCAUUGACACAAUAACAUGUCAGGGUAAUGGAAUGUGGACACGUCUUCCGAAUUGCACAGAUAUUGAUGAAUGCUCAACUAAUCCAUGUCCUGCCAAUGCAACAUGUCAAAAUCUGGAGAAUCGAUUUGACUGUGGAUGCCUUCCUGGACAUUCUUAUAACCGAACGACAAAUGAAUGUCAAAAUAUCAAUGAAUGCUUGACUCUGUGCAAAGACAAGAGUACCAGUUGCACUGACACAGUUGGGAGUUACAAAUGUGAAUGCCAAACGGGAUUUAAUGGAACUGCACCUUCUUGCACUGAUAUCAAUGAGUGUAACACCAUGUGUAAUGGUACAUCAUCACAAUGUAACAACACUUUGGGAAGCUUUUUAUGCACCUGUGAUCCUGGAUUUACUGGCGACGGAUUUAAUUGCACAGUGGAUAUUCCUAAUGCAAAGUCAAGCUUAACCGGUGGUCAAGUGGCAGGCCUAGUCAUAGCCACCUUGCUGCUGGUCGCAUUGAUUGGAGGCAUUGUGUUCACUCUUGUGAAGAAACAGUCUCCUGGAUCUGGGAAACAUAUUUCUAUGACAGAGAUGAAUGCUUAAUGACUCCAACUGGAGUGCCGGAACAGUGGGAAGGUUUUCAACAAGCCUUGGCAAGUGGAAAAAGCUGACGGCCAGUUCCAGUCAUUGUUAGCAUUCCUGUAGUGUUACACCACGCAUACACAUGCAUGCAUAUGUCAACACACCUAUAUACAAUUAUUAUGCAUGACUGUAAGAGGUAAUAAUCAGUAUGCAUUUCACACGAUGUUUUUGAUUUUUCAUUGCUAUUGGAGUGAGCAUUCUGACAACACAUAGUGCCUAUCGUAAAUGCAUUUCCACUAAUAUCUGUGAAGGAGUUUUUUCGCUGUGCACUGUUACAUUUUGCCUCCAAGUUUAUUUGUUAUCACAAAUCUAUACUGUCGUUGAUAAAGGUUGCUGCACUCAGCUAGACCAGUUGGUUUUCCAUUGACCGAAGAGAGCAUUCUUACAGCACAUAGUGCCUAUCGUAGAUGUAUUUCCCCUGAAAUCUGUGAAGAAGUAUAUCCUCUGUGCACUGUUACAUUUUGCCUCCAAGUACGUUAGUUUGUCAUGAGGAACCUGUACUUUUGUUGAUAAAAUAAUGUCGCUGCACUCAGCUAGAACAGUUGAUUUCUAAUAAUUGAUAUUGGAGUGCGCAUUCUUACAACACAUACUAAGUAGUGCCUAUAGUAGAUGCAUUUCCACUGAUAUCUGUGAAGGAGUAUUUUCGCCAUGCAUUAUUGCAUUUUACCUCCAAUUAAUUUGUAGUCACAAAUCUGUACUUCCGCUGAUUAAUGUCGCUGCACUCAGCUUGAACGCAGUUGGUUGUCCAUUGAUCGGAGAGAGCAUUCUUACAGCACAUAGUGCCUAUCGUAGAUGUAUUUCCACUGAAAUCUGUGAAGAAGUAUAUCCUCUGUGUGCUGUUACAUUUUGCCCCCGAGUAUGCUAGUUUGUCAUCAGGAAUCUGUACUUUUGUUGAUAAAAUAAUGUCGCUGCAUUCAGCUAGAACAGUUGAUUUCUAAUUGUUAUUGGAGUGAGCAUUCUUACAACACGUAGUGCCCAUCGUAGAUUACAUUUUGCCUCCAAGUAUGUUAAUUUGUAGUCACAAAUCUGUACUUUCGUUGAUUAAUGUCGCCGCGCUCAGCUAGAACGCAGUUGGUUGUCCAUUGAUCGGAGAGAGCAUUCUUACAGCACAUAGUGCCUAUCAUAGAUGUAUUUCCACUGAACUCUGUGAAGAAGUAUAUCCUCUAAAAUAAUGUCGCUGCAUUCAGCUAGAACAGUUGAUUUCUAAUUGUUGUUGGAGUGAGCAUUCUUACAAUACGUAGUGCCUAUCGUAGAUUACAUUUUGCCUCCAAGUAUGUUAAUUUGUAGUCACAAAUCUGUACUUUCGUUGAUUAAUGUCGCUGCGCUCAGCUAGAACGCAGUUGGUUGUCCAUUGAUCGGAGAGAGCAUUCUUACAGCACAUAGUGCCUAUCAUAGAUGUAUUUCCACUGAAAUCUGUGAAGAAGUAUAUCCUCUGUGCGCUGUUACAUCUUACCUCCGAGUAUGCUAGUUUG